AUGCCGCAGUACGAGCCUCUCGUUGGGAGCGAUAUUCGCCUUUUACAGCUAUUCCCCCUCAACUCGGGCGACGGCAAUCUGGUCCAGUGUAAGCUCGUACAGGUACCUCUGGAAUCUGUCCACUCAAAUUACAAGGCUCUUUCCUACGCGUGGGGGGAUGCAAACGUCAAGCGCACAGUCUCGAUCAACGGCCAAGAGGUGCAGGUCAACGCUAGCUUGGAAGAAUGCCUCCGCCAGUUCUGUCAGCCCGGUCACGAUGAGCUGCCGUAUCUCCUCUGGGUGGACGCGCUGUGCAUAAACCAGGCGGACCUAACGGAGCGCAGCGCGCAGGUGUUGCGGAUGAAGGACAUCUACUCGGCGGCCGAAGAGGUUCUCAUCUGGCUUGGCCCCGAGCGAGAGCACACGAGGGCCGCCAUUGCCUGCUUCGAGACAAUGUGUUUCGAGACCAUGUGCAUCGGCCAGAAGAUACGGAAUGAAGGCAAUACAGGGAAACACUAUUUUGAGAUUGCAUCAGAUCAGUGGAAGAUCGUUGCCAUGCGAGGUGCGGAUUCGGAGGAGAUGAAAGGCAUGUUCGACUUCCUGACAAGAGACUGGUUUUGCCGCGUGUGGAUUCUGCAAGAGCUCAGUAUGGCACAGCAGGCAACCUUUGUCUGCGGCAACAUGCGUACCGAUGUUGGAAACCUUUGGGUUCCGACAAUGGGCUAUUUAUUGGCCUCGAUGGUGGAUAAUAUGAGCGAGUCGGGUUGGGAUAAACUUCAGCAGAACAUCCCAGUCUUCUACAACAGAAGGUGUAUGAACUCUCUUGGCAUAAUAUUGAAGCUGAUGGAUUUCGAUUUCUGCGAAGAAUACCGGGGACGACGUACCGUACACGAAUAUGAUUUUGAUGGUGUCGACGUUUUCCAAGUCCAGGGAUUGCGCGUUCUUGGAAGUCUGGAAGCGUUGUUGCUAGACUUGCCUUCGCAGCUUGCGACUGACCCACGAGACAAGAUCUAUGGAGUACUCGGAAUCAGCUCCGAUUUUUCACAAGGUGGAAUCGUUCCAGACUACAACCUGCCGGUAUCCAAAGUAUUUAUGGAUGCAGUUGCGAGCAUGUUGAGGGAGGGCGACUCCCUGUACCUGUUGAGCGGGUGUGACAUGAAUCUGCGCCACCACAGCAUGAUCAAAGAAUACGUUCCAACAUGGGUGCCGACUUUGUGGACUAUCAAUGAUCAAGAUGCAAAGAUGAUGCCCAUACCUAUCGAGACUCGAAUUCCCGGUUCUCAAAAAACACCUGCUUAUACAGCAUCAGGCGGGCUUGCUCUGUCUUCGCACCCUUGGCAUAUGGACUCGGAGCUGGGACGUCUCAGUCUUUCCGGGAUUGUGAUGGAUAGCGUCAAGCGUCUAACGGAGACUAUUUCGUUAGAGUUCGAUACCAAAGCAAUGAAUGAUACGAGACAUAUCAAUGGGCUUGCCAACGCAAGGCUCGACGAGCUGGUAUUGGACCAAAACGCCCAGUAUACCUUGACAGGGCAAAAGGCAUGGGAGGCUGGGGCGAUAACCAUGACGGCAAAUUAUCCCAAGCGGCGGAACAUGAUGGCCGUGGACAUUCCCAAUAGUUUCAAGCCGGUCGAAUGGCCACCAAUCCUGGAUGAGCAAGGCGACCGGCGCGUUUGGUGUUUGGGUAAUGACAAUAUGAUGGGCGCGGUGGUGAUGCAAUAUUGCUCAGAUGGAAGGCUGGCCGAAUCUUGCAACGGGUGGUUCUGCUUGGUUCCAAAAGAGACCAGGGAAGGAGACAAAAUUGCGAUGCUUGUAGGAGGGGCAACUCUUUACAUCCUCCGACCACAGGACGAUACUAAGUCGGGAGUUCCUGAUAAAACGUGGCAGUUGGUGGGCGCAGCCUAUGUCCAUGGGAUGAUGGAUGGCCAAGCGUUGGACCUAGGGGAGAUUGGCGAGAUUGUGCUGAUUUGA